AUGUCAGCCCCCGUCACCUCACUUUGGUGGCCCGAGGAUCGGGUGAAAGCAACCCUCUGCCCGGAAUACGUCUUCGGCCAGCUCCCUUCAAAUGUCCUGCACCGUCUAGUGGCCCCGCUGCCUUGGGGAGAGGGCCUGACGAGCGAAUCCUAUCUCGACUGGAUCAUCGCCAAGGCCGGCAGGCUCUUUCUCAUUCUUGUCGACAUCGACAUACCCGAUCGAAUUUUCGCGUUGAUAGACGAGUCUCUGGAUGACUCGGAUUUACCGUUCUCGGCCCCCAGUGUUAAGCGUCUGCCUCUCUUUGCCGACGGCCCGAACCCCGACCUCGAACACAGGUUCUUCCUGGCUCAAUGGCGCUUCAUUGUACGCGGAAUUGCAGCCGGCGACCAUGUGAAAUACACUCAGAACGAAGGCGUUCCUGUGGAGCUCCUCCGUACGGGAACAUCGCUGGUAAGAGAGGGUGUCGAAAAGGUGGUUUUAGCCGGCGCGGCGUGCCGUAUACUCCUGCGAACGCAAGUCACUGUCGGCGGAGCACCACACUUCUUUGAGGAGGAUGAGGUACUGGAGGAGAUCCGUUCCUUGAGGAGGCUGGCCCAUGACCACGUUUAUUCGAUCUAUGCAUCCUACUUUGUGGAUAACACGGUCUGCAUUCUGUUCUCCGGAGUAUACGAACGCACCUUGAUGUCUUUCCUCACUGACGUGCCUCAACCAUUCAAACGGCUUUCGAAAAAUAAGCGGCGGGAGAUAUUAGUCAAUUGGCCGCAUUGCUUGGCCGAUGGGUUGUCUUGGCUGCAUGCACAUAGCCAUGCACAUAGCGUCAUCCGUCCGUCGAACAUACUGGUCGAUGCUGAAUUCCGAGUCUAUCUAGGUCAAUUCGAGGCGCUAGAUACCUUGCUGUCGCCGGCCAAGAUGGAUGACGUCGAGUCGUAUCAGUACGGCUCCCCAGAGCGCUGGGUGCGCUCGGUCAGUGUCCAGAACACUGACAUAACGAGACCAUCAGUUAGUCUUCCAUCUGGGAGCCGUUCAGCGCGGAAGCAGUCGGCCUCGUCAACUGCACGCCCGUCCUUCCUAAGCCUGUCUCGACUCCGAAGCUCUCUGCCGUCCGAUCACGAGACAGACAGUCCACGUGCAGAUUCGGUCACCUCGCAGGGUACUGCCAUACGAAUUGGCCUGCAAGGAUCCUCUUCGUCGCGAGUCUCCUUCACCCAAUCGUCCUCUUCCGGAUCCAGUACUGGAAGUGUCCGCAAACGCGCCAUCGGAUCCAUCAAACGGCCCAUGUUCUAUACACCUUCCAUCACCUCUUCCAACUCCUCGGGAUCUUCUUCCGCAUCUUCUGCUAUAUAUCACCCAAUCGGUUAUCCUAUCAUAGGCAUGAAUGCUGCAAUAGUCCAGACCUGGCAGACGCGCCAAACGGACCCGGAAGCCUCCGACAUCUUCUCCCUCGGGGCUGUGAUACUAGAUAUUUUUACCAUUCUCUGCAAGCGCAAGCUCUCCGCCUUUGCUCAUCACCGGGGAGCCAAGAAUCGGACUGCCGGCCGUGGGGGCGGCGUCGCCGAUUGCUCCUUUCACCUGGACCGGAACGCCGGCCAGGUCUGCUCAUGGAUCACACUCUUGGACAACGACGCCAAGAAACACAAAGACCCCAUCUUCCAGGCCGUUCGGCCAAUGCUCGAUGUUGUUCGAGUUAUGCUGAGCAGAGACCCAGCCGAGCGUCCCUCCGCGUUCCAGGUCGAGCAGCUAUUCGCGCGCGCGAUCCAGAAGUUGGACGCCGCCGGCGCUACUCCGAUACACUGUACCUCUAAGCUGCAACACCACGCUCCACGGUCGAAGAACGCCCUGCGCGUCGGCACCAAUAAGAAUGCUGACCUAUCUUCAAAUAACCUGAUUGUCCCGCGCACCGGACCAGCAGCACCACGGUCACCGUCCUCUUUGAUCAGCUCCACAGCAAGCAUGGAGUACUCUUCCACCACGACCACGACCACGAGCAACUCCGGAGGCCCCGUGAGUCUGAAGAGCUAUCAACCCUCCUCGACCGCCUCCGCAUCCAGCUCAAGUCUCCCCGACUGCUACCUGACCGAUAGUCAUGUCACCGGCGGCAGCGACACCGAACCCGAACAACAUGACCGGUACAUCAGUUCUAGGACUGCAUCCCCAUCCCCAUCCCCUUGGCUGGACCCCGAGUAUGCGUCCGGGCCGUCAAUGCACCAUGAUCCCUCCUGGAACUAUAGCAUCGCAAUGGGGAAAAACUAA